AUGCUCCAGCAACCGCUGCUCGAGCUCGGGCCCGAGGACCGCCAUCGGGUCACCAAGGCCGCUUGGCUCGUCGAAGACGCCGUCCGCGGGUAUGAGAAGCCGCAUCCAGACGCCACCUUACGAGCCGUGCAGCUGCUAAAGCUCUACUACCGGCUACGCUACGUGCGCUGGCUCGCCGUCACCGUCCUUCUCUCGCUCUCGUACAUUGAGACGCCGUAUUGGUGCACCAAGGGUGGAGACCACCCGUGCGGCGACCCCGACGACGCCACGACGCCGCUGACGUUUGGCACGAUUUGGCUCUCGGGCCGGCAGUCGAUGGCGGUCGAAGUCGCGUGUCUCGCAGUCAUUUGGGGCAACGAUAUCCUCCUCCUCGCGUCGCUCAAACGCAAGUACGCGGCGCGCCAAGAUCGGCUCGCUGUCUCGCUGUUGUACAUGGCCGCGACCGUCAACGUUGUCGUGCGCCUCGCCGGUAACUUUGCCGAUGCAGGCCGCGUCGCAUCGUUUCUUCGUCUCUUGAUCUUCAUUUCGUCCUCUCGAUCCGCGCGAGGGACGUACCAAAAGCUCUACUUUGUGCUUGGCGAAGUCGGCAACCUCCUCUGCCUCGUGGGCAUCUACGUGCUCUUUUGCGGCUGGCUCGCGACGAUUCUCUUCCGUGACACGCCCCAAGCCGUCAUCACGUCGUCGUUUGUCGAGUCGUCGUGGCAACUGCUCAUUCUUCUCACAACGGCGAAUUUUCCCGACGUCAUGAUGCCUGCGUACGCGAUGCACCGCGCGAACGCACUCUUCUUUAUCUGCUUUGUGUUUUUCGGGCUCUUCUUCCUCAUGAACGUCAUUUUGGCCCAAGUGUUUUCCAACUUUCAGUGGGUCGCGGCCCGCGAGGCAGCCACACACGCCGCCAACCGUGACCGGCUCCUCAAAAGACAUGCCGCCGCCGCCGCCGACGAGAACGACGACGCGUACAUUGCGAUGGACCUUCUCGUGUGCUUCUUCACCGAGCUCAACCAGUACAAGGUCGUCAAGGCGCUCAAAGAGCGUCACAUGCGGGACCUCUUCCACGAACUCGAUGCCAACGACGACGGCCGUGUGUACUUGGCGCAGUUUAUCGAUCUUUGCGACGUCGUCCGCGUCUACAUGCGCCUUCACCGCCCCAAGCCGAGCGAAGUCGACCGGUUUCUUCCAGCACUGGCGACAUCCCCCCAGUAUCAACGUCUCUGCGCCUGCGUGACGCACCGCCGCUUUGAACUCGGUUUUGACGCGCUCCUCGUCAUCAACGCGGUCGUGAUUGUCAUCGAGUUUACCACCGCGAUCGACAACUUUUCCAUGUCCGAGUCGUGGUCGCAGUGGGAACUGGUCGCGACGUGCUUCUCGUGCCUCUUCCUUCUCGAGAUGCUUCUCAAGCUGCUCGUGCUCGGUGCUCGCGAGUAUUGGCACUCGGGAAAGAACCGGUUCGACGCGCUCAUCACGGUCACGUCCUUGACGAUCGACAUUUACGCCUACAUUCCCAACGCGUACAACAGCCAUACAAUGGUCAAAGUGCUGCUCUUGGUGCGCUGCUUGCGUCUCCUGCGGCUCAUCAUGGCCGUCAAACGCUACCGCGUGCUCUUCUCGGCGUGGCUGCGGCUCCUCCCCGUCGGCAAGAACAUCCUUCUCGUGCUCUUUUGCAACAUGAACCUCUUUGCCCUACUGGGGCACCACCUCUUUGGCGGAAGCAUCUCGCCGGCCACCAUGGAGUUGACUCAUCCGACGGUGUCGUAUACCGUGAACCGGUACUUUGCCAACAACUUUAACGACAUUCCGAGUGGCAUGGUGACGCUCUUUGAGCUCCUCGUCGUCAACAACUGGUACGUCAUCGUGGAUGGUCACGUUGCCGUCACGACCAUCUACGCGCGGUUCUUCUUUAUCAGCUACUGGAUCGUUGGCGUCAUUGUGACCCUCAACCUCUUCAUUGCGUCGAUCCUGAAGCAGGACAACAACGGCGACGAGGCGUCAUUGCGCAAGAGCCUUUCGCUGCGCCAGCAAGCAGCCUCCAAGCGAGCGCAGCAAUUGGUUGCCACCGGCGACAGCCACGAGACGAACGAUAGCGUCGAGCAGUUGCGCGGCGACGCGAUGCAUCCCAGCGUGUAA